AUGGAGCAAAGGGUUGCCCUUGACGAUUACAACUCAGACCUGAAUUUCGUUGUUUGCGACCACGGCUAUGGAGCCUCCACGCUGAACUACCCCCUGGGAUUUCGUCUGAUGUGGGCUGGGGCCAGGGCAACGCACGGAGUCUGCAAAGGCAAGGUUUACUUCGAGGUAAAGCUAGAAUCCUACCAAGAUGCCAGAUGUGAGGGUCAGAACAGACAGCAUUCGCACCUUAUCAGAGUAGGCUGGUCCUCAGCUACUUCGUCCUUUGCUUUGGGUGAAGACGUCUGGUCUUUCGGCUACGGAGGCUGGGGGAAAUUCUCAACUGAUGGAAAAUUUAGUGAAUAUGGUGAGAAUUUUGGACAAGGUGAUGUCAUUGGUGCCAUGCUGGAUCUAGAAUCUAAGCCAGCUAAAGUAGCAUUCAUGAAAAACGGCCAACAUUUAGGAACAGCAUUCAGUUUCUCUAACUUUCCGAUCGGCAAUCCUAUUAACGCCCUGUUCCCGCAUGUAUAUUUGAAGAACUGCAACAUCAAAGUAAAUUUUGGACAACAAGGCGCUUGGUUUACACCCCCCAGAGGCUUCAGGUAUUUAGAACACAUCCCAGUCGUGAGCCGAGUCAGAGGGGCCAUUGCUCCUUUAAAAAAGCUAGACUGUGAGGUUAUUAUGACUGUAGGACUUCCUGGCUCAGGCAAAACAACUUGGGCUACAAACUUUCAGAAGCAGCAUCCCGAAAAACGCUACAACAUUCUUGGGACAGACUUAAUCCUUGACCAAAUGCGCGUCGUUGGAACCAGUAGAGCUUACCCCGACCGGUGGCAGAUGCUCAUUGAAAUGGCGACCGAAUGCUUUGAUGUACUUCUUCGCACUGCCGCUUCAAAGAAGAGAAAUUACAUCUUGGAUCAAACGAAUGUAUACGCUUCUGCCAGGAAAAGAAAGCUAACACAAUUUUCCGGCUUCAGGAGAGUUGCUGUAGUAGUACAACCUGACGACACUGAAUUGCUUCGUCGGUCUCAAAAAAGAACUAAGGAAACCAAGAAAGAAAUACCUUUUCUGGAGAUCAGAAAGAUGAAAGCAAAUUAUAGUCUGCCAGAGACAAGUGACAAUUUGUUUGACAGGGUGGACUUCGCUGAGUUGCCUCUCAGAUCUGCCCUGGCGUUAGUGCGUCGAUACAACAGAGACAAUAUACAGUAUAAAGGGAAGUAA